AUGAAUAUUUCUCAACAGAAAAUUUACAUGUGGAAUAUGAUUUAAUUUAUUCUUCUACUUAUUAAUUUUACACAUUUCUGGUACAAUUAUAAAAAAAUCAAAAUGAAUGUUGAUAAAAACUUGGAAACUUCGAAAGUUUAUCAUCUGUCCGAAGAUUUUCAUAGCACUGUUCCGAAAAACAGACAAGAGUUGCUGAAGUGGAACGGGUGGGGUUAUAAAGAUUCUUCUUUUGCAGUCAAUAAAACUCAAACCAUAGAAUUUACAGGCAACAGGUACUCUAUCGGUAGCAAUCUACUACCACUUUUUACCGAAUGGGUAAAAAAUGUUUUCAAAAUUGACUUGAAUGACAUCAAAGAAGAAAAAGAUUUACCAAUGAUUUUUCCAUAUCCUAUGAUGAGCAAUCAGUUUGUAUCAGAAAUAAAAAAAUUCGGUAUCAGCUACUCUCUUCACGGCAUUGAUCGAUUAAUAAGAGCUCAUGGACACUCACUCAGGGAAAUCGCUGAUCUCAAAAUGGGAAAAAUUACAAAAAUACCUGAUAUAGUUGUCUGGCCAAAAUGUCAUCAUGAUGUUGUGCAAAUUGUGAAAAGUUGUUUAGAUAAUAAUAUUGUAUGUAUUGCUUUCGGUGGUGGUACAUCUGUUAGUGGAGCAGCAAAUUGUCCUGUUCAUGAAACUAGAAGUAUCCUCUGCUUGGAUUCUUCUCUUAUGAAUAGAAUAUUAUGGAUAGAUGCAGAUAAUUUAUUAGCUUGUUGUGAAGCUGGAAUAAUCGGACAAGAUUUGGAAAGAGAAUUGAGAAAAAAUAAUUUCACUUCUGGACAUGAACCUGAUUCUUAUGAAUUUUCUAGCUUUGGUGGAUGGGUUGCAACAAAAGCUAGUGGAAUGAAAAAAAAUAUUUAUGGGAAUAUUGAAGAUUUGGUUAUUAAAAUUCGCAUGGUUACUGGAAGAAAAGAAAAAUUAGAAAUGACCUUAGAACAAAAUAGUCAAUCUCCUCGCAUAUCUUGUGGACCCGAUUUCAAACACCUCAUCAUCGGAAGUGAAGGAACUUUGGGUAUCAUCACUGAAAUAAUUUUUAAAAUAAGGCCUAUUCCUGCUGUCACAAAAUAUGGAAGUAUAAUUUUUCCUGAUUUUGAAAAAGGUGUUGACGCGCUAAGAGAGGUUGCAAAAGAACGAUGCCAGCCUGCAAGUAUUCGAUUAAUGGAUAAUGAACAAUUUAAAUUUGGUCAAACUCUACAACCAGUUAUGAAUUGGAAAAAUAGUAUUAUGAAUUCUAUUAAACAUUCUUAUAUUUCAUACGUUAAACAGUUCAAAUGGGAAGAUUUAUGUGUAGCAACUCUUCUUUUUGAGGCAAAAACCGAAUCAGAUAUCAACACUCAAGAGCUCAAAAUUACUAAAAUAAGUAAGUGCUUCGGAGGUAUUCCUGCUGGAGAGUCAAAUGGUAAACGAGGUUAUGUUUUAACUUUUGUUAUUGCUUACAUUAGAGAUCUCGGUCUUAAGUAUCAAAUAUUAGCUGAAAGUUUCGAGACAUCAGUUCCUUGGAAUCGAGCCUCAGCUUUGUGUCAAAAUGUGAAAACUAAAGUUAAAAAUAAAUGUCAUGAAUAUGGAAUUAAUCACUUCCUUAUUUCUUGUCGACUAACUCAAACAUAUGAUUCUGGUUGCUGCAUUUAUUUUUAUAUGGGAUUUAAUUGCAAAAUGAUUGAAAAUCCUAUUUAUAUUUACGAAGUUAUAGAAGAAUCAGCAAGAGAAGAAAUUCUUGCUUCUGGUGGUAGUAUUUCUCAUCAUCAUGGAAUAGGGAAAAUGAGAGCUAAAUUUUAUCCAAAUACAGUUGGAAAAACUGGUCUACAAUUAUAUAAAGCCAUGAAAAAUUAUCUGGAUCCAAGUAACGUAUUUGCAGUUGGAAACAUCGAUUCAAGAAGUGUUUCGAAGUUAUAGUUAAUUUAAUUUAUUAAAAAGCAUGUUUCCUGAUACUUUACCAAAUUGAACAAUAUAAGAAACAUGUUUGCUACAAUUUUUUUCCAAUAAAAUUGAUACACAUAGUCAAAAUACAAAAAAUAUAUGGAAAAAAAAUGACUAAGAAUUUUCUCUAUUUUAUUGAAAGUAUUUUUUUUUGCUGCUUUAUUCUUUUUGGCUUGGUUAAAAGUAAUAACUCUGAUUUGUACGCUUAUAUUUUACUCAUUAAUAAUUUAUGUAGAGAAGUAGUAAGAAUAUUGAGAACCAAAAACUUAAAAGAUGUAGUUUUAAAGUAUCAUUUUUUUUAUUAUGGCUUUGUUUUGACGACGAUUCAUUUUCUUUUAUAAGCAAGAAAAGCUGAAUUAAAUCAGUUACAACAUCCUUAUUAAAAAUACCUAAAAUAAAUAAGGCAAUAUGCCUUUUGCCUAAACAUUUUACCUUAAAAAUUUAGGAAGUUCCUAUAAUUUGAAAGUCAAUUCGGGGUUUGUCGGUGAUAUUCUAAAAAUAUAAAAAUACUUGGGGGAGCUCUGCUCGCCAACCCUGCAUUAAAACCAAUAAACGAAAUUAAAAAUAAACAAAAUAAAAAUAUUGAUAUAAAGGACUUGAUAGUACUUUUAGAAAUUAUAUAUGUAUGUAAAUUUUCCUAUAUUUAUUUCACAAUGUUAUGUAUUUGUUACAAUAAACUUUUA